AUGAAGUUUUCUCUGUCUUUCAAACUUAAUAGAGUUAAAGAAGUUACAUUCAUUAUAUCUAUACUAGCAUCAGUGACAUCAGACAUCGCCCAACUGGACGUCGGUCUUGGUCGAUUAAACGGUGGGAAACGUAUUGACUACGUUUUGCAGGAGAGACCACUGGAAAGUUUCAAUGAUUAUUUGUUUGCAUUUCAAAGUCAUUUAUGUUACUGGAACAACGAGGACACUGUUUUGUUGAUGAUGAGGGAAAUUUACGACUCGAUGGGAGUCAAAUCUGACAGCCAGCAAGUGAAACCACCAGUUAAUACAACCCCUGAAAUACCGCCACCCCCCAUGAGCACUAUAUCUCAAACUUAAUGUGCAAUUAAUAUGCUUCCUCAUGGUGCCUUUUACUGUAUAUAAGUUUAGAAAAUCUUUUAUGGGCAAGCAAUGUAUGGUUGAACUAAAAAGCUGCGAAUUCUUACUGCUUUGUGGAAAUGGAAAAUUCAGAUGUCAAUUUAUCUCAUUAUUUAUUCGUGUAGUUUAAGCUUGUUGUCUCCUAUUACAUGUAAAUACAAUAUAUGAGUCUGUGCAGCUUGGGAGCUGCUGAAGCAUAUUCAUUGCUUGUAGACUUUCUUUCAAUGGAAACUGUUGGCAAUAAAUACGUGAAGAAAGAA